GGCGGCGGCUCUCGCUCGCGGCGCUGCGGCUCCUACACGCGGCGGCUCCUCAUUGCGGUGCCACCUGUUCGCCGGCGCGUUCAACCGUGUUACGUCGGCGUCGAGUUCGGAGCCGGUGAGCGGCGCGUUUUCCCGAAUAAAGAAGUCAAGCCCUUCUGCUUUCAAUGGAAUUGAGAAUUGUUCUCCAGAAGACCAGCCAGGGGGACGGCUAACGUUAAGAGAGCUAGUUCAUCACCGUUCACCUGAAGGCAUCACAUCUAGAAUCUAAAGAGCCACACAGAGGCUUGAGGUACCGCCACCGACUGAUUACCUGUCUGGAAAAGGCACCAGUGAACUCGCACCAUGUCAGAUGUUCCGUACAACGUGACAGCUGACAUAUUGGCAGAGAACGACACCACCGUGUACACGACCAUCGACUACGGAGCCUACUAUGAUGAAAACAUAUCAUUCCCCUCGCCUUGCGAGACCGACGACCUGCAGAGCUUCGGGCAGGUGUUCCUGCCCACUCUCUACAGCCUGGUGUUCGUCAUCGGCUCCAUCGGGAACGGCCUCGUGGUGUGCGUGCUGGCGAAGCACCGCAACCAGAACAACCUGACGGACAUCUCCCUCUUGAACCUCGCCGUCUCCGACCUCCUCUUCGUCUUCACGCUGCCGUUCUACGCGCACUUCUCCGUCGUCGGCGAGUGGACGUUCGGCUCGCCGAUGUGCCGGUUCGUGUCCUUCUUCCACUACAUCGGCUUCUUCAGCAGCACCUUCUUCAUGAUCCUGGUCACCCUGGACCGCUACGUGAUCAUCAUGCACGCGCACACCGUGGCCAGGUACCGCUCGUGGAGCGCGACCGUGGCGCUGAGCCUCGUGGUGUGGCUGCUGAGCGUCUGCGCGUCUCUGCCGCCGCUGAUCUUCAGCAAAGUGACGAACGAGACCGGCGGCGUGAGCUGCGGCUACGACCAGGACGCGGAGGAGCGGCACCCGUACAUCCCCUUCGCCAUCAACAUCCUGGGCCUCCUCCUCCCCCUGACGGUGAUGGUGGCGUGCUACUGCAGGAUCCUCCCCACGCUGGUCAACAUGCGCAGCGCGAAGAAGCACCGCGUGGUCAGGCUCAUCGUCUGCAUCGUCGUCGCCUUCUUCCUGUUCUGGGCCCCGUACAACGUCUGCAUCCUCAUGAAGUUCAUGCGCACGCAGCAGACGCAGUGCCGCUCCGACAUCAGCCUGCGCAUGGCGCUGACCGUGACCGAGACCGUCGCGUACACGCACUGCUGCCUCAACCCCAUCAUAUACGCCUUCGUCGGGCAGAAGUUCAUGAAGCGAGCCGCGCACCUGCUGAGGAAGUGGGUGCCCGUGGUGCUGCUGCCCUCCGCCAGAGACAUGUCGGACAGCUCCUACAGGAAGAGCUCCAUCGUGUCCCGGUCGUCUGACGUCACAACCACGGUUGCCAUGUAGAGGACCUUUCACGGAUGUACUUACUCUUUUCAUUUCCGCAUGCCAGUCAUAUUCAGUAGACUGCCUCUGUGUGCACGUGGAGACGACGUCCGUUAUUAGAGCUUCCCGAGUCACUUUCCACGGUGGUAUUAAGUUUUGACCGCAACAUGAACUAUAUGAUGUCAUGAUUGUAUUUUGAAUGUCAUUCUAUGGCUUUACCUUUUGAAACUGACCUAGUGUCACAUACGUAUAUCACAGCCUCACACCAGCCUGUUUUGAUACCUGUGCCAUGGAAUAUGUAUGUGUUUUUCAUUUCAUUUGUUGGAUGAUUAAAAUGGUUUUUUUAUUAUUAUUAUUA